AUAACCUUAAACAACCAGACAUAACCAAAACAUAUUUGACUUCAAUUUUACAUUCACCUAGAAUUUGUAUAUUCUGAUAUAAUUUUGAUUGUUAAAUAGUACUGAAUAAUGGGGAAAAAUAAGAAAGCCAAAAUCGAGGAACCCGUCGAGAGUGACCAUAGUUCUUCUGAAGAAGAUGAAUCAAUGGAAGUCGUGAAUGAAGAAUUCAAUGCUAUGUUUGAGGGACGAAACCUUGAAGAGUUCGAUUAUCAUGGGAUAAAACAGCUCCUUUUACAGGCAUUUGCUAAAGCACCUAUUGAUCUCUCACAAAUAACAGAUAUGUUAAUCAAUCAACAAGGUAUCGGAUCUGUUCUUAAGCAGGCUCCUGAAGACGAAGAUGAGGAAGAAGAUCCUGAUGACGCAAAUGAUGUAUAUGGAUUAACAACUGUAUUAAAUUUGUCCUCUCAUCGAGAAACUCCAUGUGUCGUACAAAUUAUUGACUAUUUGAAGAAGAAAGCAAAGACGCAUGCAAGUGAAGCAACAUUUAAUACUUUUAAUAACGUUCUUAAUAAAAAUGAAAAGCUGGGACUGUUGAUUAACAUAAGAUUUGUAAAUAUUCCUUCUACCAUUGCUGCACCUAUGCUUUCCUCUUUACAAGACGAGAUCAAUAGAAGGAAGAAAAAGGAUCCUACAUACAAUUUUCAGAAAUUCAUUUUAAUAUGCAAAAUCUAUAAAGAUAAAAAAGGUGAAUCAUCUUUCGUUAACGAAGAGGAGAUGUUAUUUUCAGCGAAUGCAGAGUGUAAUUUUGAAUUUCAAGUUGCAAAAGAUAAUUCGGGAGAUGAAGAAAAUAUUUCAUCUUUCCAAAAAGUUUUAUUAAUUUCGGCCGAUAAGUUAUCUGAUAUAAUAACUCAGAUAACUACAUUUGUUCAAACAUAAUUUUGUCAAUAUUCUUCAUGGUGUUGUGCAUUAUUAUACUCACUAUGAAAGUAAAAGAACAAAUUUCAAUCAACACUCGUGAAAAAUUUUUCGACCACUGAAACCAGUUCAUAGUUGGACGUAUGAAUUGGACCAACAACUAAUAUUAAAUCCCUAAUAACUUGCUUUGAAGUGAGAAAAUUUUUUUCAUAGGUGUAGGAAGUGUAUUUCUGUUGGAAGUCUUUAUAAAAUAUUUUGUAAAUAAAUUUAUUUUUAUCGCAAUCAACUAUAAAGGAUGUUAAAAAAUA